AUGUGAAGAGAGAGAAUACGCCCUACACGUGAAAAAAAAAGUAGAGAGACACCUCCGAGUCCGAGGAUCCAUCCUUGUUCAAGUUAUUCCAUUGAAGCAAAAACGUAGUAGAAUUUUUACAGUUCACAUGUAGAAAUUUCAGUAUAGUACCUCAAAAUAUGCAAAAGAAUUCGGAUCAAGUGGACCUAGUUAGAUAUUAUUUUGUACAAAUUUGAUACAUUAUUAUGGGUUCUUAAUCCAAGUAUAAUUUUUUUCUUUUCAAAAUAAUAAUAAUAAUAAUAAUAAUAAUAUCCUCGUCCCUUCCACCAGACUAUCUUCACUCUUUUUCUCCACUGUGUCUGAGAGCAUCGCACUGGAUCCUCCUCACCCUCUUCUUCUCGCAUACUCCCCGCACCCCCACCCCCAAACUCUCAAGGAUGAUGCGCGCAGCAUGGUCCGAUCUCAAUCAUGUGCUGCAGCUGGUGGUGAUGUGGUCGGCCCUAAUAAUCGGUCCCUGCGCAGCCCACCAGCGGCCGUCCUCCUACUUCGCCGCCGACCCCCAAGACUCCGUCGCAGGUGGGGCGUGCGGGUACGGGGAUCUGGGGAGGCGCGGGUACGGGAUGGCGACGGCGGGGCUGAGCGAGGGGCUGUUCGCGAGGGGGGCGGCGUGCGGGGGCUGCUACGAGGUGCGCUGCGUGCAGGAGCUCAGGUACUGCCUGCCGGGGACCUCCAUCGUCGUCACCGCCACCAACUUCUGCGCCCCCAAUUACGGCCUCCCCGCCGACGCCGGCGGCAUCUGCAACCCCCCCAACCACCACUUCUUGAUCCCCAUCCAGGCCUUCGAGAAGAUCGCCCUCUGGAAGGCCGGCGUCAUGCCCGUCCAGUACCGCCGAGUGAAGUGCGUCCGGGAGGGCGGGGUGGGGUUCACGAUCGACGGGCGGGGGUUCUUCAUCACAGUGCUGAUCAGCAAUGUGGCCGGCGCGGGUGAUGUGACGGCGGUGAAGAUAAAGGGAUCGAACAUCGGCUGGCUCUCCAUGGGCCGCAUUUGGGGCCAAAACUGGCACAUCAGUGCCGAUCUCAAGGGCCAGGCCCUCUCCUUCGAGCUCACCACCAGCGACAGCGUCACGCUCACCUCGUUCAACGUCGCCCCCAAGGACUGGUCCUUCGGCCAAACCUAUGCCGGCAAGCAAUUCUCUUUCUAGAGAGAGUUCUAGUUUGUGAUGUAUAUGCAUUCAGAAUUCAGAAGCAAAAGAAACAAAUAGAAAAAGGAAAGAGGGCCCGAAGCAGGUUUAUAUUAUAUUUGUUCUUAUUCCAGGAUAGACCUUCCCCGGAAACACGGAGGUAUAGCUAGUUAGAUUUUGCAGGUCGAGUCAUUCCUCUCAGCGAAUGCGGUGUUUAGAGAACUGUGUUAUGUAAUAUCCUGGGGUAAAUUUGGUCUAAUUCAUUUUGGUCUUUGUACUGAUAAUACGAUCAUAAGGAUAGUAUUUUGGGGACUUGUACUGUUACUCUCUUAAAUUGUAUGGUAUUGGAGAAAUUAUUGCAUGAACCCCAUUCAACACA